AUGUCUUUUCAGUCAGUGUCAGAGCGUCUAUCAGCUCUACAAGAAUCAAAUCAACAAUUAAAAACUCUCAUCGAGCGCCUCGCAACAAUCAAGUUCCAACCCGGUUCCGUACCUGUGAACAAUGAAGAGGACAAUGUCAUCGGCGAGCUCACUUCGGAAAUCCACCAGAUGUUAAAAGACCAAGAUGAAGAUUUCGAGUUAUUACAAGAGGAAGCCCUCGACUUAGAUACUGGGAGACGAGGCAGCGAGUUCGAGCAGCAAAAAGAGACCUUGAUUGCAGUUAUCAAAAGAGCCAUCAAAGAACUCAAGAGCUGCGAAAUAGCCUUCCGCAAAGCCCAACUAGAAGCAAAACGCAACCUCCAUUUCGCCCAACGCGCCGAAAAAAGGCUCCUCCUGGAAUCCCUCACCAAGUCCCCCUCUACCUCCGCCUCCACUUCCCCUGACCCAGGCGCCCAAGCCUUUCUGACCCCUCCCCGGAAACCCAAAGCCGAUCUGUCGAGUGCAGAACGGGAAGUAAAUGCCAGCAGCGACGUCACGGCCGCCUUGCGGCGCACGCACGAUAUGAUGGCAUCUGAGCUGCAACGCUCACAGUUCGCGCACGACACGCUGAAGGAAUCAACAGCUGCGUUGGCGCAGCUGGGCGAGACGUACUCUACGCUCGAUACGCUGUUAUCGAGCUCGAAGAAUCUACUGGGGACGCUGUUGAGGAGCCAGAAGAGCGAUACGUGGUAUCUUGAGACGGCGUUUUAUAUACUGGUGGUUACAAUUGGGUGGCUUGUGUUUCGACGUAUUCUGUAUGGACCGGGGUGGUGGUUACUCUGGUUCUUGCCCAAGAUGUUUAUUAAAGGGUUCAUGGGCGUGGCUGCCGUGUUGGGGAUUACGGGUGGGAAUAUUGGCGGUGAAGCUGCUGGUACUUCUACUUCUGUGCUUAAUGGGGGCAGCGCGACGGUUACGCAUGCUUCUGCGGGGAGGAUCUCGGUGCCGACAUACGCGAGACGGCCUCCUGGUGUUCCUGUUGGUGGGGGUGGGAAAGGUGGGCCUAUGCCUCAAGGUACUCCGGCUCCUCAGGGGCAGGGGGGAAGUGUGUCGGAGCAGGUUGGGAGGAUCAUUGAUGAGAGUAAGGAGCCAGGUGCGGGAGAAGAGGUGAAGAAUGAUGCAACUGAAGAAGAACCUGCUGAACAGCCAAGCAAUCCUAAGAAGAGGAUGUGGGAAGAAGAUAAAGAGGCUGCCAAAGAAGAACAGAGGAAGAAGGAUGAGUUGUAG